AUGUCAACCAAUGAUGAUAACAACAAUAUCUCGACUACCAUCAACAAAUUCGAUAUACAUAAAGAUAAUAAUAGGAUCGACAAAGUUCCAGCAUUACAAUUAAUAAACCCUGCUGCCUUCUCAAAUCAAAGUAAUCAGAUUUCUAAAUCAUUUCCACCUAUAUCACAUAUAUCACAUGUCGAGAAAGGUCAAAUUACCUCAAUGUCGACGGCUUCCGGUAGCCGAUCUUCUUCAGCAUCCGAUAGUAACGACACUGACAUUUCAGUAUAUUCUGAGUCAACAUCCUCUGUCCCACCUACACAUCCAGAGUAUGGAGAAUCCUUUGGCGAAAUUGAUAAUUCUUUCAAAGGGAAAGGCAAAGAAGUAAUAUUGAAUAUAAAUGAUACAUAUUUCAAUCCUCAACGUAAUACAACUUCUCCUGUUGACAUUGGUAUUGAAAGUUUAACAGAUACUUCAUAUCAUCUUAAUAUUGGUUCAACCUUACAUCAACCAUUUUCUUCAAAUACUCGAUCAUAUAACGUAUAUGAAGUACUUGCAGAAAUUGGAGCUAAUACAUCACUUUCUUAUACUCAAUAUCAAGAACAAGUUUCCAAAUCGGUUCAUAUUCAACAACAGGAAAUAAAACCAUUUUUCUCCAAUAAAUCUAAAGGUAAUGAAACCUAUGAUAUUAAUUCAUAUGUUUCAAUUAAAAAAAAUAAUUUGGAGUAUUCAGUAAAUGGCACUUCGACCGUCGUAAUAGCCAAAUAUAUGUUUUGGAUAGGAUGGUUAAUAAUGCCAACAUGGUGGAUUGGAUCAUUUUACUUGCCUCGACCUACAUCGGAUGCUACUCCGGAUGAUUACAAAUGGAGAAAUCGGUGUCGUAAAGCAAGUAUUUGGGGAUUUAUUGGUUUGAUUUUGGUUGGAAUAUUCUAUGUGAUUUUGAAAUCGAGAAAUUAUGAUGAUGAAACAUAA